GUAAGAACACGUCAUUCUUGCUCGAAUUUCUGUUUAUUAUUAAAAUUCAUUCAGUCUGUUUUUGCAGUGGGUAAUUAAAUACCGAGGAAUAUCAGUAAACUUGUGUUUUAUAUUCUCAUAACAAUACAUAUUCUACAUAAAAGCCUAAAUAAGCUCCAAUAAGAAGUCACCAGUGGACUUUAUUCUAGUUUCGCAAUAAUAAACGGAAAUUGAUAAAGUUUUGUCGUUUUCUGGUUUAAUCAGCAACUUUUAGGUUCCCAAUGGAUCAAGUGUACGAAGAGAGACAAGAGGCCACAAUGACAAACCCACUAACAUUCGUGUUGCAGUUUGUUGCAACGAACGGGUGGUAUAUAGUCGGUGCUGCAGCAGCCCUCCUCUACUUGGGGAACAAGCUCCGACCACGAUAUGAGCAGUGGAAGCAAGCUCGGGAAGAUGCUGAGUACCACAAAAACCCAGAUGUGGCUUUAGCGCGCAUGGAGGCGAUCCAGCGCGCGCGGGAGAAACAACAACAACUGUUGUUGGAGGCCUCGCAGCAGGCACUCCAACAACAGAAAGAGCGUGAGGAACGCAAACGCCAGGAGUUGGUAGAGAGACUGGAGAAGUAUGGAGCGGCCACACAACAAGGACACAAGCUGGGCACUCCCGGGGACGACUACCUCCCUCUGAGUGGCGGCGCCUCCACGUCUUCGUAUCGCGCGCCCAAGCGUUCCGCGUGCUCCAAGGGGGGCUGCGGCCGAUAAAUAUAUACAUACACUAUAUUUUGUUAACAUAGAAUUGCAUAUAGUUUCCACAAAUUUAAAAAAACUGUGUAAAAUAUUU